GUCACUCGUCACUCGGGAACAGACGUCGUCAAUCGUGACAUUUUUGUUUGUUUAGCAGUCAACUCAACCGAAGUAUUUCUGUUUUAUAUAAUCUUAUGUGUAGUCUAGAUUUAGAUGAAUUUAUUCGCACAUCAGGAUAAUAAAUAAUUAUUGAACCAGAGCAGACAAUGAAGACUGGUGGACCUGAAAGAGUAAAUAUGAGAGUGUGGUGGUCAUUCACAGUCAUCUUUUCUAUGAUACUUUCUGACAUGGCUGGCAUUGUAGCCUCGUCAGGUUCUGACGUUGAUCCAAAUGGAUACAUAGUAUAUUGUCCUUGCAUGGGCCGUUUUGGCAACCAAGCAGAUCAGUUUCUGGGCUCUCUGGCAUUUGCGAAAGCCGUCAACAGGACUCUAAUCCUACCUCCAUGGGUGGAGUACCGCAGAAUGCAUAGAAAUGCUGUGAUGGAGCCGUUUGACUCGUACUUCCAAGUGGGUCCUCUCCAGGAAUACCAUCGUGUCACCACUAUGGAGACAUUCAUGCAAGAUCUUGCCGAUACUGUGUGGCCACCGGAGAAGAGAAAAUCUUUCUGCUAUAUGGCUCGGCAUGGCAAAGACAAAGGUGCUGAAUGCAACGCCAAGGACGGUAACCCAUUUGGUCCCUUCUGGGACUGGUUCAACAUCGACUUUCGUGGGUCGGUGCUUUACGAGCCGCUGUUUUACGACACCCACAGACCCAAAGAGAUGGAGGAGUGGAGAAGAAGAUUUCCCAGCUCUGAGUACCCAGUCUGGGCAUUUGUGGGACCUCCAGCCGCCUUCCCUGUGACAUCUGCCAACGCCAAACUGCAGCGAUACGUCAAGUGGUCAGAGACAUAUGCAGAACAGGCAUCAGCGUUCAUCAAAAAGAACAUUCCAGAAGGCCCAUUUGUUGGCAUCCAUUUGCGCAAUGGACCAGACUUUGAGAGGGCCUGUGAGCAUGUCACCACGUCCCCCAACAUGUUUGCAGCCAAGCAGUGUGUGGGUGAGCGAGGCCAGUACGGGCCCACCACUCAUGAGAUGUGCUUCCCAUCAGCUAAAACCAUCACCGAACAGGUCAAGAAAGAGGUACUGAGAAUCGGAGCUAGCGCAGUGUUUAUUGCUACUGACUUUAAGGAUCUUAGGGACGAGCUGUCAAAAGCUUUGCCUGAGGUGAAAUUGGUGAAACAGGAUGAGCCAGCGUCCCCGAUGUUAGACCUGUCGAUUCUGGGUCGUGCCGAUCAUUUCAUUGGCAACUGUAUCUCCACUUUCACUGCAUUCGUCAAGCGAGAGCGGGACGUCUCUUCCUUACCUUCGUCAUUUUGGGCUUUUGAGAAAAAAGUGAAAGAAGAGUUAUGAAGAGAUUGCCACCCAUUUUUUUAGUUGAAGUGUGCCAGGAGCUGAGUUCUUUCUUGUAUGGUCUCCAUUUCUAGACUUUUUGUUAAAAAUAUUGUCCCAAAAAAAUUUGAAUUUCAUUUUGUACUAAAUCCCAUUUGCUCUACUGGAAUGCAGUGCUUUCAAAGGGAUUUACAUCAAAAUGGAAGACAUUGAGUAAGCAGAAGAUAGCACUAUGUCCUAGCACUAUGUCCUCUGUCAUAACUUAAGUUACUGAUGUUUGCACUUGUUUCCUGAUAGAUAUAUAUAUAUACAUCUAGUGGUAUGAUGCUGUGACAGUAUACAGGGUGUCCCAAAAGUUGUGUGCCGUCCUACCUUUCAAGAAAACAGCUUAAUGUCUAUAAUACAUGCUUGAAUUGAGCUCCCUCAGCUACAAAACAAGCAUCAAAUCUUUCAAGACAGUCAUCUUUUAUGCGCCUCAGUGUUUCUGGCAUGAGCUUUUGGCACCUUAUAGUUAUUGCUUCCCUGAAAUCGUCAGCAGAAUGGUGCGUGACUUGUAUGAAAAUUUUCAGGAUGGGGCGUGACUUUUGAGACACCCUGUAAUUUGUGAGUCGACAUGAUUAUCAAUGUGAACUUGGCUUUAGCAUUUAAGCAUCUAUAAAACUGUGUCUUUGAAUCAAGCAAAGUGCGACCGCUUCAGUCCACAAGUGGAAUAUCUGUUUGAUAGUUAAAACCACACAAACCUAUACCAUACAAGCAAUCGAACAAUUAGCAAAACUGCUGUAAUGAUGAAAAGUCUUUUACAAAAUCUGUUUGAUAAAACCAAGAAUGCCUCAUUUGAAUACAAGAAAAAGCUUCAGUUGUCCAGGCCUGUUGAAAGUGCCUUAUGUGGAUUGCUUCAUUCAUAGAAACAAGACUUCUAGGCAUUCACUGGCUGACCCAUCGUGAGACUACAUUUACAAUGCCGAUGACAAUUUUUAUACACAUGUGGUUUACCACGCUGAAUUUAUAAGGUCGUCUCUUUUCUCUCUUUGUAUAGUGUAAAUGUCGCUUGUUGGCGUACUUCGUAAUUUUUAGACUUCCGAUGUUUAACGGUCAAGUAUGCUUUAACGUGAAACAUCUACAGUGGAGUCUACUUAAACCGAGUGUAUGAUUAAUGAGGAAACAACAGUGAACAAACAAAAAAUGGAAUCUCUGAUUUUUUUUCUUUGAUAUUUGAAAAACCACUCUAAGCUGACAAUAUGGCUUUACCGAAGAAAAUACCGCUGUCACACAUAUUUCGGUUUAUAAAUGCAGGCUACACUGUAUUUCGUCAUUUUAAGACUUUGUUUUAUGGCCAGCCAAGUUCGCUCUAACUUGGAACAACGGAAUCCAUUUGAAGAACUCUGGGUUUUUCAAGUAAGUAGAAUGAGAGUUAAAGGUUUCUUGUGCCAUACUCCUUAAAUCCAGUAAAGUUUUUAUAGUGUGUGAAAGUAGUCUUGUAGUAUAUGAAAUAUAUCACUGAAAACAUAAAUGCACUGAGUUUUUAGCUUGCUGCUCCGAGAAUUUCCUGUUAAUUUUAUUAAAAACAUGUAGAUUUUCUUUACUGCCCAGGAUUAUAGAAUUUUUAUUGGCAUUGACUACUGAGAUGAUAAUUGAUUAAACUAAAAUAUCAAUUACAAUUACAACGCCAUUCAAAUAAGCUGUGAAAGGUUGGGGGGGAUGGGGGGGGGCUUACCUUUUUUUAAAAAGAAAGCAGACAUAUUACAUGUGCCAAGAAAAAUUUACCAUGUGACACUCACGUGUGAAUCUCACACACUCACUAAAAAUGCAUCUUUUUUUGAAGAUUUGUGACGUCUCCUUUGAAUCAAAUUUGCUGGUUAUUUUCAAGCAUGCUGUUGGGUUUUUUUUCUGCCUGCUGUGCCAGGCAAUAUUUACUGUUGGUAUGCACAUGUCUCUAAAGAUUUAAUCUGCAAAUUUUGCUACAAAAUUGCUUCUUAUCACAUUAGGCAACUACGAUUGUUUCUACAAUAAGAAUGUAUGUAUCAUCAUGUCACCUGUGAUUUUAAUUUGUGUUUUUGUUGUCCAUACUACUUGUGGAAGCCUUGAUCCAGCCAUGCAGUAAGUCCUGGGAAUGCUUUUAUUGAUCUUUAUGUGAUCUCAAAGACAACAUAGUAUCAAAAUGAUAUACAUACAUUCAAACCUUGUUAUACCGCCUCCCAUUAUACCACCAACCCCACUUACGUCCAGGUUUUGCCAAUGUCCGAAAAGGAAUGCCUUUAUACAAAUAUUUACAUCUUCACACCACCAUCCACCAACUGUCUGACUUGUACGGUCCUUUUUAAAGGAAAAUGUAAAUUUGCUUCACAAUACCGCCAGCGAAUUGGCCACCAGAGGUUCACACAACACACAGUGCACUACAGCCAUUGGUAGCUGCUUGAUAAUCUCUUUCCCACACAGGUUCCUGCAGGUCCGGUCUAUUUCAAGAAUUUCUGGCAGAUUUUCUUUUAAUUUGUGCUGAUUAUGAAAAUGCUAUUUCAAUUUUUAGACUUUGGUAAAUGUAUAUAUUUAGAAAAGAAAUUGAAAUUUAAUUUUAAAGUCGCUUGGAGAAACUUCAAAGGAACUGCACCACCUCGGCCUAUCAGCAAGAUAUGUGGCUUUGGAAAGUUCAACUGGAGAUGUACAUAUGUAAUUGGCUGCUACUAAUUUUUCCCCUGUGCAUGGCAAUCAUGCAAGACAGAGAUCUAGAUGAGGCAAGACUGACCACAGUUUGUCUCUGGUCUCUACCACUAAUCAAGAUGGCAGUCAGUGCUCUCCCAUUAUACCCCCAGCUCCACUGUAUGCUGACUUCAUGCUAGUCCCAUGGUAGGGAGUAUGACAGGGUUUGACUGUAUAUAUCGCAUUUUUGUAUGCCACAAACUCCCGCUCAACAGAAAGUUCUAUGUGCUGUAAAAGUAAAAUCUAUAAAUUAUAAUGUUACUUCAAUAGACCUGAUAGCAUUCUGAAACAAUUUCAACUUCCUGGGAAAGAAAAAAAGUGAAACAUGCAUAGCUCUCGCUGAGUCAGCUUAAUGAUGAUCGCAUGUUAAAUAAAUUCUGACUUUAAACAAAUGAAAGUUGUUGCAAGUUCUAAGCCAUCCUUGGAAUUUGUAGCAAUAUCGGGCAAUUUUAGUCAUACAUGUAUGCUGGGGGGGGGGGGGUUCUUUGAGCCUGCCUGUGGUUAACCAAAAGUCAUGGUCCCAGUAAAUUCACAGGACUGUAAGAAGGCUGCUGUACAUAUAUAUUGUUGUUACUGCAAGCUGUGACUGGGUUAUUUAUUUGGUUUUGCUCAGUAAUGUGAUUCUUAAAGGAUUGUGGUCUAUUACAUGUAUACAUUAUCCAAAUAUUGGUGCGUCAUGAGUUUGUUGGACGUUUUGUUCAUUUACAGUAUAACACGGAUAGUUCGAAUUUGUCGGGACCGGCCUCGAUAGUUCGAGGGAUCUGUCGUUCAAGGAAUAUCUUUACUAAGAUAGAGAAGGGAAAAAAAUGUACCGAAGGCACAGUUCAACUUCAACGGAUGCGUGAUUUCAAGUCUUCUGUCUUAUAUUGUGUUGCAAGUGCCGUUAAACACUUACAUUUGUACUAUAAAGCUAAAACUUCUGUGUUCGACCUAUCAAUGGUAUACUGCAGUUCACAUUUUGUCGGGGGGGGGGGGGGUUGUUUUGUUUUUUGCAUUUGUUUUAAUUUUGUAGUACAGCUUAUACUAAGUUCAAAUUGUAAUUCAUUCCAUUUGUGAAAUUUAAUUUUUUUUUUUUUUUUUGGGGGGGGGGGAGUGGUUGUACUGAAACUGACUGCUGGUGGCAGGUAAAUGGCUUACAAUUGACUGUAUAUUGUGCUAUUUUUUAGAAAAAUAAAGUUAUUUAACUUUAAA